AUUUGCCUAAUCUUUGCGGUACUUUAGACCCCGGUGGAAACGCAGACAACCAUUGGCUGAAGGAACCUUUUAGUUCCUGGUAAAGUAGUUCCUGGGACUGAAAGUUCCGGGUAAUUUUGGUGGCAACGCGGCUUAAGUCUUCCUCCCCUUCUUGGCGUCAGAUAUGUAUUCACCUCAUUUAUCUCCUGCUGGAUUUUAUAAUUCACAACACGUUUGUAUGAAAGGCCUAGUUUGUAUGCCAGAUGCUGUGCUUUCAUUGUAUAUGGACUUUUACAGCUUGUGUUUUAUAUUUAGUGCAAACCUCUACAGAUUAUUACUGUUUUGACCAAGAUCUGGUCAUUGCUAGUUCUUCAUGUACUUCUUUUGUUAAUGAUAUACUUGGUGGUGAUGGUUGGUGAUCUUAAAUGCAUUUCCUUCCCAAAGGUGGGUGUCAAGCUCCGAUCAGCUUCCUGGUCUCUCAAUGCGAUUUCCUCUCUCUGCUCAAGUAGCUCAGACCACAGUGACACAAAAUAUAUAAAAAGAAAUACCGGAUAGAGCACUAGCAGCAGUUGUCAGAAAUGGCAGCAUUGGUCUCCAAAGAUUCAGAGGGUAUAUACACUGACCUGACCAGUCCAGAGAAAGAUGUGUACAGCACACUGGGCCAGACUUCACUCAACAGCCCAGGAACUCAGCACACAGGCAUUGUGAGUGCAGUGAUGGGCCCCACUAUCGGGAUAAUGCUUGUGUGUUCCAUCUGGAAAUGUGUAAUCGGCCACCAUUUCACCCGUGGAUUGAGGGAGGGUUUCUGUGGACAGGGUGUCCCCUGCUCUUUGCUCAAUAGUGACACCCCUGGGCACAGUGGGCAAAGCUCAUAUCCCUACAGACGGGUUGCAGUGUGUCUGGGGCUGCUGUGUGCUCUCUUAUUGGCUGCCACAGUAGUCCUGUGUGUCCUCUAUACAAGUUUAUCAGAUAACUAUUCAAUGUUGGAGGGAGAUCUGGAGGAGCUCAGAAGCAACUACAGCACCAUGUAUACAGAGAAAGUCCAGCUACAGAGCACUUUGUGUAAACCCUGUCUACAGGGCUGGGCACAGUUCUCUUCGAAGUGUUACUACUUCUCUAAUGAGACGAAGAGCUGGACAGACAGUCGCAGUGACUGCGAGGAAUGGGGAGCUGACCUGAUGAUUAUAGAGAGUGAAAAGGAACAGCGGUUCAUCAACAACAAAAGACAAUACUAUACCUGGAUUGGACUGAGUUACUCAGCAGCUAAGGGUAACUGGCUGUGGGUGGAUGGAACCCCUCUGCAGGAAGGAUCCUGGGGGAAAGGAAAGUCAGGUGUUAAAAAUGAUUUAGCUUGUGCCGUGAUUGCCCCUAAUGCGAAUGUAUGGGAAGCUUUUGUCUGUUCUAAUAAGCAUAAUUUCAUCUGUGAGACUAAUGCUCUGCCCCCCUAAACCUUUUUUUAUCAUUGUAUGUUUUUGGUUCUCUCAUCUUGUGAGAGGCCGUUGACCAUGCCAGGUUUGACAGUCAAACACAGGACCAAUAAGCAGACCACAAUGUUACCGUUUCUGGUGGGAAUAUAUGGAAUAUACAUACUGCUGUCUUUACUAGAAAUGUAUCUGUGAGACUAAGCUUUAUUAAAUGCAUUGAAAUGACUGUACAUGCAGAGUAGAUUUAAGCUAUUACAUUAUUGGUUCUAUGGACAUAUUAUAAGUAUAAAAAAUCAAAAACCAUGUAUUUGAAAUGGUCCUCAUCUUGCUGUUGUGAUACUGUAAAUUUAAAUUUAAAUCGAGAACAGCAGUCACUGCUAAAAAAGCAAAUAUGUUCUUUGGGCCUCAUUUAUCAAUAAUUUCAUAAAUAUGCACGUAAGUUUCCCCGUACAAUUAUACAAACAAACAAACAACUGCCACCACAUUUAUCAAACUUUCAGAGGCACUUAGUUUCAAUCGUAUCCCCGUGCGUAUGUUGAUAAAUCCAAAUCAGUCGUAAAUUGGAAGCGCGUUCACGGUCGCCUCAUUGUAGCGCACCUCACGCGGUGACAGGGGGUCGGCCAGUGGGGUCAUCAACCACUACUUCAGCGGGUAACCCUCAUCCCCUAAGGGUGAAAGGAACGUGGAGGGUUAGAUAAAACGUUGACUAUGCAGGUUUGGAGUUACUAAAUGUCAAACAUCAUGCUUACCAAUGAGCCAGCCAUCCUCAAAAGCUCUAUGUGCCAAGCGGUUCCCCACAGAGCAGUUUUGCAAAAGAAAUGAAUCAUGUGUUCCUCCAGGCCAACGAGCAACAACAUUGAGGACAUGGCAAGCUGUCAGAUUGGACGUUGAUGGAAUGAUAUCCCUUCCUAUUCAAGUAGCAAAGGUGUCGGUGGAUGGAGCUUUAAUGUGCACAUGGGUACAAUCUGUGGCACUGAUCGUAUUAGGAAGGCCAGCCAGAUUGAAAAAGGCCUGUUUGAUACCAAUUUGGCUCUGCGCACUAUAGGGAACUCGAAUAUACUCCGGGGCUAGUUUAACAAUAGAAUUAAGCACACUGGACAGUAUGUGGCUCAUGGAGGGUUGGGAUAUUGCAGACCGGUCACCAAUCUCCCUCUGGAAAGUGCCAGUGGCCAAAAAGCCAAGCACUGACAGAACUUGGACAUGUGUUGGAAUGGCAUAAGAUCUUCUUGUUUGCCUCGUUAAGUCUGGCUCUAAGAUGUUGCACAGCCUCAAUUUAGAAGGGUUCUAGGGAAUUGGAACCAACUCAUGAGCCACUCGGCAUCCUCGGCAAAAAAGUCAUACCGGUCCCUGAAAAUGCGAUUUCGCCGAAGUGCUCUCGCCAAAUCCUAAUAGCGCAAGGUCCGCCAUUGCAAGCUUGGACUUAACAGCAUUUUGGCCAUUUAAAUAGUAUUUCUCAUCAAUUAUUUAAAAAACAAAACUGCAAUUAUGAAAUCAUAGCAACUCUUUGUAAUGCUAUUACUCAUUUCAAACAUUUUUGUUUUACUUAAUUAAAAUAGUAUUCGCAACCAAUUUAAGUUAGUUUCUUUAUAAUUUAUCUUUCUUUAUGAUAUUUCAAUAUUUCAUGACAAAAUACAUAGACAAAGAAGCCCAUUUAAUGACCAAUUUCAUCAAUGAAAGUUAAAAAUUCAAGUUAAAAGACGAACUGCAGAGUUUACACACACUCUGCGUGUCGUCUCAGGUUUUCGUAAAUUUCCUUCGCACGUCCGAUCAAGUUGGACUCCCAAAAACUUUGAUAAAUCCGAGUUUUCAUGUGUAAAUGUUGGUACAAAGAAAUUACGAGAAAUUUUGUUUGUAUGUUGCUUGAUAAAUGAGGCCCAUUGUGUGAAAGUAUGAGCUAAUAGAAAGAGCUCUCAGUACCUACUUACUCACUAUCUCAUAAAGGCUCUCCAAACAGAGGCUGUGUCCUGAGGACAUAAGCCACAUGUACCCACAAGUAAACAAGUGGUAUGUGACUCUAUGACUUAAAUUCAAUAAACAUUUAUCCUCAACUCUGAAUUACAAGUAAUAUCCUUGCUUUAUAAUCCUUGCUGCAAUUGAUAGUCAAAUUUAAGGACUAAUGUUUAUUGAAUUUAGGCUUAUGUGGUUCCUGUGUUACCUUAAUCUCAAUCUGGCUGUAUCACAGAAGCAAGUCCACAAGCUAAGAGUGUGUAUAAAUGCUACAUUAAUACUCAUAAAUACCAAACUGAUAAAGUACUAAAAAUUAUAUUCCAUGCAUGUUUGAAGACGUAUUAAAAAUGUAUUAAACUGUGUCAAGUAAAGUUUUUGUUAUUCUGAA